GUAAACGGAAGUAAGCUUUGAACAAGAACAAUUUUCACGUUAGCGUUUUUGUUAGAUUCAUUAACACAAUGAAACUCAAACUGUGACUCAUUUAACUGCACAGUAUCACAUACUUGUCCCAGGUAGUCUUUCAUUUGCGUUGGAGACAGGACUUGGCUUAUAGAUGUUAUCUAGGUAACGCAACCUAGCUUGUAACGUUAGCUGUUAACAAUGGCUAACUGUAUGGUUUUUCACACUCAAAUAGCCUCCAUCAUGGAGGUGCUAGCGAAUGCAGCCGUGGCAGAGAUCUGUAAACUCGUAGACGACGACUAUGCAGUGUUUCGUUUAGAAAUCUCUCAAAGCCAGAAAGAAAGCAGGGGAUUGCGGAGGAAACUACAGUUAAUAGAACUGAAGGUGGCACGGGAGCGCGCAGAGAGGACAACGCGAGAUCGCGUCCUCGCCAGUCGUCCCAGUAGUGUCAAGAUCCUCGACCGAUACAGAGGAAUGGCAAAAGGUGAAGGACAUCUCACUGGAGGUCACAGGAACUUUGUGAAGCCAGCGGGACACAAUACAUGGAGAGAUGACCAACCAAUCACUGUUGAUGAGGGGAGUGGAACCUCAACCCAGCAUGUUAUUGUGAUAGAGUCUGCAGAUGCAGAGGCUGCAGGUCCUGGAGUCAAGCAGGAGAGAUCUGAAGGAGAAGAGGACCCACGGCACAGCAGAGACAUUCAGACGGGAGCGGCUGAAUUGCCCCCUGUAGCUACAGAGAACCCCACCACCGCCCCAGCGCAGCCCAGGACCCAACGCAGCAUCACGGCGAUCAGUGGAACGCCGGAGGAGGAGGGUCCAGAAGUGGUGCUGGUGAAGGAGGAGGGAUAUGAGGAGGGUCUGGGGAACCCUGAGGGGACCAUGGUCAUGGAGGACAACCAGACUUCACCUCUUGAACCCACAGAGGAACCAUCUGAGCAGCACAGGACCACACACAGUCUCACUGAGUCAGUAGACAUGGAGGAUGGGAAGCCUGAUCUGCUGCUAGUCAAAGAGGAGACAAUAGAAGACGGACCAGAGAGUAUUGAUCUGCUGAGUGGACUAAAGAUGGGGGAGCAAAGUGGUUGGCUGGAAGCAAACAGAGGAGACUGGGAAGCCAUCUUGGAUUCCCAGACCCAGACGUGUGCAGCCAAGAGCCCGGGGGACAACAUCACUGAGCAGGCCAGGACGAGAGGUGACAUAAUGGAGCUGUCCGGGUGGCGAGUCUCAGAUGAUCCUGCAGGUGAAGGGUUACACGUGGUCUGUGGUUAAGGCCAGUUGGAUACAGCCAAAUUCUCUAAAACAACAUUGGAAGCGGCUUAUGGUAGAGAAAUGAACAUUCAGUUCUCUGGUAACAGCUCUGGUGUACAUUCCUGCACUCAGCAUGCCAAUUGUACGCUCUCCCUCAAAACUUGAGAUAUCUGUGGCUUUGUGUUGAGACAAAACUGCACAUUUUAGAGUGGCCUUUAUUGUCCCCAGCAAAAGGUGCACCUGUGUAAUGAUCAUGCUGUUUAAUCAGCUUCUUGAUAUGCUACACAUGUCAGGUGGAUUAUGUUGGCAAAUGAGGAAUGCUCACUGACAGGGAUUUAGACAAAUUUGUGCACAACAUUUAAGAAAAAUAAGCUUUUUGUGCGUAUGGAACAUUUCCGGGAUAUUUUAUUUCAGCACAUGAAACACGGGACCAACACUUUACAUUUUUUUUAAAUAUUUUUGUUCAGUAUAGUUUGUUGGUAGUUAAUUCUGUUGGUUUUGAAUGUUGUAGGGAACUGGAUGAGGUGAACUGAGGAAAGAAUUAGAAUGAUAAGGUGAUGGUUGGUGUGAUUGUGUCUGUAAAAAUGCUUCACUGAUGAAGUGACAACUAUGUCCCUUUAGGUUGAUGCUGGUGCUUUAUAGUGAGAUAAAGAUAGUGCCUUAGUUCAUGUUUACUUGACAUGAAGGUGUAUGUAAUGUUGAACUUUUCCAAAGUAUUCUAAAAAAUGAUUUAUGAAGUAGUGAAGCUGUGUGUAAGUCCCGUAUGUAAGUGUAUGACAGUUUCGUUGAAAUUAAAAACUAAAUCGACUGUGUGCUGACUGAUUUGUAAAAAAAAAUUAAAAAAUUAAAAAAAGUUUCUCAUCUCAGUCGAACCAAAACAUUAUAGUUCUUUCUUGAAUCAACACAUACAGUGCAUUCAGAAAGUAUUCAGACUUUUUCCACAUUUUGUUACGUUACAGCCGUAUUCUAAAAUUGAUUAAGUUGGUUUUUUCCUUUAUCAAUCUACACACAAUACCCCUAGUCAUAUUUGCACAUUUACAAAAAAUAUAUUCCAAAAAUGACCUUAUUUACAUAAGUAUUCAGACCCUUUGCUAUUAGUCUCGAAAUUGAGCUCAGGUGCAUCCUGUUUCCAUUGAUCAUCCUUGAGCUGUUUCUACAACUUGACUGGAGUCCACAUGUGGUAAAUUCAAUUGAUUGGACAUGAUUUGGAAAGGCACAUGCCUGUCUAUAUAAGGUCCCACAGUUGACAGUGCAUGUCAGUGCAAGAACCAAGCCAUGAGGUCGAAGGAAUUGUCCCCAAGAACACAGUGGCCUCUAUCAUUCUUAAAUGGAAGAAGUUUGGAACCACCAAGACUCUUCCUAGAGCUGGCCGCCUGGCCAAACUGAGAAAUCGGGGGAGAAGGGCCUUGGUCAGGGAGGUGACCAAGAACCCAAUGGUCACUCAGAGAGCUCCAGAGUUCAUCUGUGGAGAUGGGAGAACCUUCCAGAAGGACAGCUAUCUCUGCAGCACUCCACCAAUCAGGCCGUUACAGUAGUGGCUAGACGGAAGCCGCUCCUCAGUAAAAGGCACAUGACAGCCCGCUUGGCGUUUGCCAAAAGGCACCUAAAGGACUCUCAGCAAUGAGAAACAAGAUUCUCUGGUCUGAUGAAACCAAGAUUGAACUCUUUGGCCUGAAUGCCAAGUGUCAUGUCUUGCAGAAAUCUGACACCAUCCCUACGAUGAAGCAUGGUGGUGGCAACAUCAUGCGGUGGGAAUGCUUUUCAGUGGCAGGGACUGGGAGAGUAGUCAGGAUCGAGGGAAAGACGAAUGGAGCAAAGUACACAGAGCUCCUUGAUGAAAUCCUGCUCCAGAGCGCUCAGGACCUUAGACUGGGGCGAAGGUUCACCUUCCAACAUGACAAUGACACUAAGCACACAGCCAAGACAACGCAGGAGUUGCUUCGUCCACAUGUACGCCUGCCCCACCUGUCAGAAACGCUUCGCUGAAGCGUACUAUGUGAAGAGGAACCAGGCCGUUCACACCAAGGAGAAGCCCUUCAAGUGCAAAUUAUGUUACAAGAGCUUCUCCUUCCUGAUUAGUCUCUGAAUGUCCUUGAGUGACCCAGCCAGAGCCCGUACUUGAUCCCGAUUGAACAUAUCUGGAGAGACCUGAGAAUAGCUGUGCAACAACGCUCCCCAUCCAUUCUGACAGAGUGUGAGAGGAUCUGCAGAGAAGAAUGGGAGAAACUCCCAAAUAUAGGUGUGCCAAGCUUGAAGCAUCAUACCCAGGAAGACUCGAGGCUGUAAUCGCUGCCAAAGGUGCUUCAACUAAGUACUGAGUAAAGGGUUAUAUUUCAGUCAUGUUUUUUUAUAACUGUUUUUGCUUUGUCAUUAUGGGGUUUGUGUGAGAUUAAUGAGGAAGAAAAAAAAACGUCAUACAUUUUAGAAUAAGGCUGUAACGUAACAAAAUGUGGAAAAGGUUAAGGGGCCUGAAUACAUUCCAAAUGCACUGUAUAGAGCAUUGUUUUUAUAUAAUAAAUUGCAGUGCCGCCAUAGAGUUAGGUACUUGAAUCACAAUGUUAUAGAUUGGCUUGACUGUGGUUAACAUUUUAUAAUAUGCUUCUGUUUGUACAGCAAAGAGUUUCUCAUAUAAACCUUGA